GUGUGAGAUCGAGGCGACUCUAGAGCGUCUGAAGCGGCUGGAGAGAGAUCUGAGCACCAAAGAACAAGUGCUGAAAGAAAGAGAGAGACGGUUAAAGAUGUGGGAGAGAAAGCUCAUCGAGCAGUCCAACACACCGCUUCUCCCAAACCUGGCCAUCCACUCUUGGACAGAAGAACAUGUGCAUUUCUGGAUGGAGCAGAUUUUUCAAGGUGAUGGAGAGCUGCAGCAGUACGCCGAUAUCUUCAAGCAGAAUCACAUCACAGGACAGAGACUGCUGCUGCUGUCCGAGACGGACAUGAGAGAUCUGGGUGUGACGUCUAAAGGACACAUCAUACAUCUCAAGACCGAAAUUGAGAAACUUACCCACGACUACCUGAACCUGUUCCACUUUCCUCCAUUGAUCAAGGAUGAUUUGGCCACGGAGGAAGCAGAGGAGGAGUGGAGGAAGACUGUGAAUCUGGAGUUGGUGUUUGGAUAUCACUGGAAAGCAGGCACAGGCCAAACGGACUGCAAAUGGAAAGUGUACAUGGAGCUUGAUGGGGAUGAGGUGGCAAUCGCAUAUAUCAAAGACGUGACCUUUAAUGCCAACAGACCAGAUGUAGAUGUAUUAAAGAUGACCAAGCCUCCGUUUGUGAUGGAUAAGUGGAUCGUGGGGAUUUCUGGCACACAAAUCGUUGACUGCACAGUAAACUAUGAGGGUAACGUGAGAUCUCCUAAGUGCACGAGACACGAGCACAGAGUGCAGUGGAGUCCAGACAGCGGGAGGGACGUGAUCAGACCUGUAGAGCUGGUCAUUGAGACGGCGCCGAGCAUCAGGGAAGGUCACAACAGAAGCAGGUCCAACUCAGGUGUUGAUCCCAGAUGGAUUUACAGUCUGAGAAUGAAGCAGUGGAGAGAGCAAGCUGCCCAGGAGUCCACAGGCAAGAUGACCCUCCCUCAGUUCCUCUCCGUCAUCGAGAACCAAUCAUCGUACGCCGCCGCUGUCAGGAGAUCACCCAAUCGCAGCCCUCUCACUCCAUGGACAGACUCGCGGAGUUCCUCUCCCACCCUUUCCGUCAAACUCUCCACCAUCCAUCUGGGGUCAAAGGGCAGCAGCCCGUCCAGCACGACAUCUGAGAGCACCUUGGAGCGAGAGCGGCCCCCUAGUGCUGGAGCUAAACACAACUACCACAGAAAAGCAUACUACAUGUUUAAAACCAACGGAGGAGAAGUGGAAGCCAGAAGGCCUAAUCAGAUGUCACAGAGAGGAUCCAGAGGCUUGCAACAUGCUGGCCGGCCCCGAAGCAACAACUCCUAUAUGACACCGUCUAACCACCAACGCCCAAUACCGGGGAUGUCCGUUGUCACUGAGGGGGUGAAGCAGAAAGGGGCGUCUGUAGAGGCCGGGUCUGGUGAUGGGGACUGGAUUAAAGUAGAAAGAAAGAAACCUAAUAAACAGGAACAUAAGCACCAGGAAGUGAGGCAGGGCAGAGGCCGGCCGCGCAGAGGAGGGAGAGGCGGUGGGCGUGGCCGAAGUUGAGUGCUUAUAAAGCGUUACACCGUGUCCUAACUAGUCAAGAUUCCAGCGACAAGCAAUUUGAGUGUCCACACCAGACGCGACGCGGCAGAAUCAAUCAAAUAUCACAGCCAAUCAAAAGCGCGUGUGGGCGGGCUCUCUCUGGAAGCGCACUGCACUCGCA